AUGACUGCAAAGUUACGCAAGCAGCUUCUCAAGAAGCAAGCACAGUCAGGAUCCAAGUUGGUGAAACGAGGUGUGGAUGGCAAAGGAAGGAAAACCGCAGAGGGGCAGGACCAGGUCAUCCCGUCGCCCGAGCUCGACGAUCCAGAUCUGCUCCAGUUUGAAGACUCCGAGAUGGUGGAGCCCCCAAAGAACACCCAGCAGGCAGUGGAUGCCAAGAUGGAACAGACCACAGAGGAUUCGACCGACAAGCUUAAGGUCACGGUGGAGCCCCCAAAGGAAACCCAGCAGGCAGUGGAUGCCAAGACGGAGCAGACCACAGUGGAUUCGGCCAAGGGUCAACAGAACGACCAGGUGCAGCUGUUAUUAAUGCAUGCCCCGACUAGCUUAUACUAG